AUGACUCCCUUCAGUUGCUGGUCCCUGCUCGUUGCAGCUUUCACGGCCUCCGUGAUUGCUUCGCCCGUCGCCGAGCCGGCGCCGGCCAUCACCCCUGCCCCUAGCCCCGACAAGAUCAAGAGAGCCACCAGCUGUACCUUCUCGGGCUCGUCUGGUGCUUCGCUCGCCAGCGUCAGCCAGAAGUCAUGCGCUACUAUUGUCUUGUCGUCGCUCGUCGUUCCGUCUGGCACUACCCUGGAUCUCUCCAGCCUCGAGGAUGACACCACUGUCAUAUUCGAAGGCACGACAACCUGGGGCUACGCCGCGUGGGCCGGCCCUCUGCUGCAGAUCGAGGGAAAAUCCAUCACGGUUCAGGGCGCGUCAGGGGCGCUCCUCGACGGUGGCGGCUCCAAGUACUGGGAUGGCGAGGGUGGCUCCGGAGGCGUAACAAAGCCCAAGUUCUUCUACGCGCAUGAUCUCACUGAUUCGACCAUCACCAACCUGCACAUCCAGAACACACCUAUCCAAGCCGUUAGCAUCAACGGUGCGAGCGGGCUGACCAUCACCGACAUGACCAUUGACAACUCCGCGGGUGACAGCAAGGGGAAGAACACUGACUGCUUCGAUAUUGGGAGUUCGUCCAAUGUUGUCAUUACCGGUGCGAAUUGCUAUAACCAGGAUGACUGCGUUGCUGUCAACUCUGGAACUGAUAUCACAUUUGAGAACUCGGUUUGCUCCGGCGGUCACGGCUUGUCGAUUGGCUCGGUCGGCGGUCGAAGCGACAAUGUGGUUGACACGGUGACCUUCUACAACAACGAGGUUAAGAACUCAGUCAAUGGCAUCCGAGUCAAGGCCACCGAGGGUGACACUGGCACAAUCAAGGGGGUCACUUACCAGAAGAUUACAUUGUCAAGCAUCUCGAAGUAUGGCAUCCUCAUCGAACAGAACUACGACGGUGGAGACCUCGAUGGCGGCACACCUACCUCGGGCAUCCCCAUCACGGGCUUGACCCUGAACACCAUCUCUGGCUCUGGCGCUGUCUCCAGCAGCGGGUAUGACGUUGUGGUUGUCUGUGGCAGUGGUGCUUGCACCGGAUGGACCUGGGAGAGCGUGACCGUGACCGGCGGCAAGAAGUACAGCAGCUGCACAAACGUUCCAAGUGGUGUGGCUUGCUCAUAA